CGAGGCGGGCAGGGCGGGGCGCGCGCGGCGGGAGCGAGCCUGGCGCCCACCGCGGAGACUGUCGCCAGGUGCCGAGCUGCUGUCUGCGGAACUGCAUAGGAGCCCCACGCGCGGCGCCUCGGGGCCCGGCUCUUGGUGGAGGCCGUAUCUAUUCGGAGUGGGCCUGGACGGCUGCACCCACGUGUAGAUCUCCGUGGAGCGCUGUUCCCAUGCCCCUCCUGCCUCUGUGGAAGGACCUUACUGGGUAGGGCAUGUCUUCGGAAGGAGGUCAGAUGAAGUAGGCUUCUGAAUCCAAGAGCUUGUGUAUUUGGGAGUGGCAGACACUCGGAGGGUGCGGUGCAGCUUGGAGGAGAAGCCUGAGUCAGGCCGGUCUGGAGCCAGGAACCUAAAGCGGGGACAAGGAGGGCUAGAGGACUGGCAUGCAGCAGAGCCAAGUGAGCUACUGGGAAUCCCUAGGUUUGGGUGCUAGCGAGCCAGGCCAAGGGAACAGCUGUGAGGUUCCCAAAAAGGUUACUCAGGGGAUCCACUGACUGAAGUGAUGGAGAGCGGCCCUGCCGUCUACUGCCAGGACCCUCGGGCAGAACUGGUAGAUCGGGUAGCAGCCAUUAAUGUGGCUCACUUGGAAGAGGCCGAUGAGAGCACAGCGCCUGCCAGGAAUGGUGUGGACCCUCCGCCCCGGGCCAGAGCUGCCUCUGUGAUCGCUGGCAGUGCUUCAAGACCCACACCAGUGCGGCCUAGCCUCUCAGCUAGAAAGUUCUCCCUGCAGGAGCGGCCAGCUGGAAGCUGUCUGGAGGCCCAGGGUGGGCCCUACUCUACAGGACCUGGCAGUCACAUCUCUCCUCGGGCCUGGCGGAGACCCACCAUCGAGUCCCACCACGUGGCCAUCUCAGACACGGAGGACUGUGUGCAACUGAACCAGUACAAGCUGCAGAGUGAGAUUGGCAAGGGUGCCUACGGUGUGGUGAGGCUGGCCUACAACGAAAGUGAAGAUAGACACUAUGCGAUGAAAGUUCUUUCCAAAAAGAAGUUGCUGAAACAGUAUGGCUUUCCUCGCCGUCCUCCCCCUAGAGGGUCCCACGCUGCCCAGGAAGGGCCAGCCAAGCAGCUGCUGCCUCUGGAGCGUGUGUACCAGGAGAUUGCCAUCCUAAAGAAGCUGGACCACGCGAAUGUCGUCAAGCUGAUUGAGGUCCUGGAUGACCCUGCUGAGGACAAUCUCUAUUUGGUGUUUGACCUCCUGAGAAAGGGGCCGGUCAUGGAAGUGCCCUGCGACAAGCCCUUCCCGGAGGAGCAAGCUCGCCUCUACCUGCGGGAUGUCAUCCUGGGCCUGGAGUACUUGCACUGCCAGAAGAUUGUCCACAGGGACAUCAAGCCAUCCAAUCUACUCCUCGGGGAUGAUGGGCAUGUGAAGAUCGCCGACUUCGGGGUCAGCAACCAGUUCGAAGGGAAUGAUGCCCAGCUGUCUAGCACUGCAGGGACACCAGCAUUCAUGGCCCCAGAGGCCAUUUCUGUUUCUGGCCAGAGCUUCAGUGGGAAGGCCUUGGACGUAUGGGCCACUGGGGUUACACUGUAUUGCUUUGUCUAUGGGAAGUGCCCGUUCAUUGAUGAGUACAUCCUGGCCCUGCACAGGAAGAUCAAGAAUGAAGCUGUGGUGUUCCCUGAGGAGCCAGAGAUCAGCGAGGACCUCAAAGACCUAAUCCUGAAGAUGCUAGACAAGAACCCUGAGACAAGAAUCGGAGUGUCGGAUAUUAAGUUACACCCUUGGGUGACCAAGCAUGGAGAGGAACCCCUCCCUUCAGAGGAAGAGCACUGCAGUGUGGUGGAGGUGACGGAGGAGGAGGUGAAAAACUCAGUCAAGCUCAUCCCCAGCUGGACCACUGUGAUCCUGGUCAAGUCCAUGUUGAGAAAGCGCUCCUUUGGGAACCCAUUUGAGCCCCAAGCACGCAGGGAAGAAAGGUCCAUGUCUGCGCCAGGAAACUUGCUGAUGAAAGAAGGAUGUGGAGAAGGGGGCAAAAGCCCAGAGCUUCCCGGAGUCCAGGAAGAUGAGGCUGCAUCCUGAGUCCCCGCAUGUGCCCAGGGCCAUCGGCAGCAUGCUCAUCCUGCGCCUCCAGAGGCCCACCGCCCUCAUGCAGUAGUCACCCCUGCAGGCUGCGGCCCCUCUCCUGGCCCCUCACCCAUUGUGCUGCAUGACCUGCGCACAGACACAUCCAGGAAUAGGAUUGGAAUGUGUACAUUUGGGGUCGGGGGUCCUGGUUGAUUCUCUCUAUUCUGAUCCAUCUGUGGGGAAGCGUGGGGCCCACAGAAUAUUAGAGACCCUACCCAGCUGGCUGGUGAGGCCCAGGGCAGAAGGCAAGAGACCAAAAUGGCAGAAGGAGGCCUGUGGGCUGCACCUCAGAGAACUCCCAUAGGGCUAGGUAGCCCUGCCCGGCUGCCGCACACAAGGAGGGGCGAUUACUUCACUCUGUGGAAGGCGCCGAGUGCUGGUCUACUCAGAUCUCUAGCGUGGAUGCUACAAAGAAUGAUGUGUACUUGGGAGAGGACUGAUGUUGGAGAUUCAGGUUCCUCUCUUGUUGUCUUUAACCUGAGGGCUGAAGUGGGAGCAGCUGUUGUGGGGAACAUCUCCCUCCAGCUUUGGGUAGUUCCGGGCAUGGUCUGGCAGUCACAUGGACCUGACAUUCAUGGACUAUGUUUUAUACUUGGCACUAGCCAGAAAAAGGGCUGAACUGAAUCCAGCUCAGAGCAUAGGCCUGAGCCUAGAGCAGCGUGCCUCCCUGCCUCCCUCUUUCUCUCUCUUACGGAUCUCCAGAGUGAAAGUUGCAGAAGAGACACAAGGAGAGGCACUGAGGGCUACAGACCCUCGGAACUGGGAUCCAGGCUCUGGCCUUAAGCUGGCUAACCCAUCCCAUGCCUAUGAUGAAGGAUAAACUGCCCAGGUGGGAGGCUCCCCCAGAUGAGGGACCCUACAGGACACACACCCUGUCAGGACAGUGGCCCUGCUGCCAGUUGCUUCAGUGCAGAACAUCAGACACCCCACACAGGGCAGAGCUGCAUGACUGGGACGUGUAUGGACAAUGUCCUUGCAGGACAGAUGCCAGCUCUCCAGGUUCUGUGGUCAUCUGGCUAUUCUAAUGUUUACCGACAAUGCGCAUAGGGAUUGGUCCCCAAAGGGAGGUCAGCAGGACUCAGGUACCCCUCUGAAAGCAUUCCACAAGGACACCCCAGCUGCCCACAUGGGUUUCAGAAUGCAGGAGUGCUAGAUUAGAAAAGAGAGUCUGGGCGGGAGCACGGAGCCCCACUGCACCUCUGGGCCCAUGGGCAUACAUUGCUCCUUCACGUACACAUGCGUGUGCGUGCCCAUCUGCUGUACACAGCACACUUGCAUGUCUCGUACUGGCACAUGCAUCUGUAAUAUAGUUUCUACGUCUACUUAGGCCUAGGAGCAGAAGGAAGCCCGUUGUCAAUGGGCUCCCAUUCCAACCCAGCUCCUUUGCACUAAGGCAGCCAGUGUAACCCAGGGCUUGAAAACAAAUCACCCAACCCUAUCUCUGAUAAUACUUUUAUAGAGUGAAUGUGAAGCAAGUUCAAUGCCAGUCAUUAAGCAGCAAGGAGUCAGGGAGCUUCAUGGGUGGGGCCCGCAUGGGCAAAGCUUGGAGUUGGUGGCUGGCCUCACUGUCCCCAGCAGAGCCAGGAAGGCUCACUGUCACCUGUUGCUGAGAGCUUUGGUUGGCAUUGGUUUUGAAUGUAGCACAAGUGAACAAACUCCAUAAGAGUGUUUUAAAAAUUUAACUUCUAAGGAAGUGAAUUAAAAACAAUAAAAAGCCCUUUGUUGAGUUAA